AUGGCUUUGCCUGCGUCAAAUUUGAAUUUCAACAACCAUCCUAAUAAUGAUACUAGCGAAGAAGAUGAAGAUUGGGAACUUUUAUUGGACCUUGAAUCCACUUUAUCAAGAAACCCAAAUAAUAACUCCAUUCAAUUAAUCUUAGAUAAUUUAGAGGAUUUUAAUCAAAUUAACCAAAAUUAUUCUGUUAAUAACCAAUCAACAACUCAUUUAUCAAAUUUGUUAUCUACCAGUAAUACUAACAACACUCAAAACAAUGACUCGGAGGUAUUGUCAAAAUCUGAUAUCCAAAGUUUGUUAAAUAUUAAUGAUGAUUAUAAUGUCAGUUUAAUUUGUCCAAUCUGUAAUAAAUCCCUAUUUAAUAACGACUCAAAUGCUCACAGCUCGAUAUUAGAUCCAAAUAUCCAAUCUUGCUGUGAAAAAUUCUUUAAAAAAAUCAAUAAAAUCUCUUCUUAUAAAAUAUCCUAUUGGUUUUAUUUCUUAAAUAACCACUAUAAAACCAUUACAACCUUUCCAAAUUUAACCAAAUCGUUUUUCUAUUCAAUUAAUGGCAUCCCAUCUCAAUUAAGAUCUAAAAUUUGGGGUCUUAUUCUUGGUGGUUCCGAUAAAUUUGGUAACUUGAAAAACAAAUGGUUUCAAGAUUUAUUUAACAAUUUGAAUGAUGACAACUCUCCAUAUUUAAGGAUUAUAAUUAACGAUUUAAAUCGGAUUUUUCCAAAUUUACAUUAUUUUAACAAUGAACUAAAUGAUGGUCAACUAAAUUUGAAAAAAAUCCUAAACGCUUAUUCGAUUUACGAUUCGGAAAUUGGUUAUUGUCAAGGCCUACCCUUUUUAAUCUCAAUUUUACUAUUUCAUUUUAAAAAUAAUUCAAUAACUUUUUUAUCCCUCACUAAAAUUUUCGAAAACAAUAAAAAUAAAAACUUUAAAAAAAUCUUUGACAAAAAGAUGACUGGUUUAUCUUUAUGGUUUUAUCAAUUUGAUUCAAUUUUUGCCAAAUUUCUACCAGAUUUAUACAAUUAUUUUGAUCUCUUGAAAAUUGAUUCAAAAAUCUUUUUAAGCCAGUGGUUUCUAUCCUUUUUUGCAGUCUCAUGUCCUUUUCAAAUCUUGAUUAAAUUAUUCGAUUUAAUGAUUUUAGAAGGUUUCCAGCCAACUAUUUUUAAAAUUAGUCUAAUCAUUUUAAAAAAAAACGAAAAUUUAUUAUUAAAUAUCGAUAAUGAAGAUAUAGAAGUAAUUUAUCAACAUUUAUUAAGUGAAAAUAUUUGGGGUGUCUUUAAUAAUGAUUUGAAUUUGAUCCUAAAUGAUUUAAUAAAUAUUGACAACAACUUGAUCUCAUUUCAAGCCUUAGAAGAUUUAGAAAUUGAGUUUAAUAAGAAAAAUGUCUCAAUAAAGGAAGAAAAUAAAACUAUAAAUAAUAACACUAACACUAGCAAUACCAGCACUAGUGGUGGUUAUUACGAAUCACCAUUUGUUAAGUUUUUCAGAUAUGGUUUCACUAACACUGUUUACAAUCAAGUCCCUGCUAAAAAUCAAAAUAAACCUCAUACUCAAAGCACUGAUUCCAUCACUGAAUCAAGCGUUGAUUCAAACUUUGAUGCUUAUUCAGUUUCAUCUCAUAGUAGCAAUAGCUCCAAUAGUAUUAAAAGAUACCACCAAAAGAGUGUCUCAUCAGUAAACAAUAACAAUUUUAACGUCAACAUAAAUAUCAAUGGAAAACAUCAAUUAAUGUCAACCCUUAACUCAUCAAAUACUUCUAUAAUAACAGGCCCUGAACCUAACAAUCUAAAUUCUUUUGAUAACUCAUUGGAAUAUAAUGAAAUGUUUGGCUCGUUACCUCAACCAAAUCUUUUAAAAGUUGGUAACAAUGGUCAUCAAAAAUCUUCUUCUGUCUUUUCUGUAAAUUCGUCAUUCUCUACUGUUUCAUUGAACCCCUCUACUCCAACAAAUUUCUAUGAAGUAAAACAAAAAAUGAAGAAACAAUUCAAAUUAAAAGAGAUGGAGUUGAAAAAUCAAAUCGAAUCCUUAGACAGCAAAGUUCAAAUCUUUGAACAAAUCAUACACGACGACAAACAGUUGAUCAAAAAACUAUUCAAACUAUACCUCAAAAGUAGCAAAGACGUAGAUGAAUCAAAAAUUACCGAGAAACAAAGAAUAAAAGAAUACAAAGUGUUGAAGGAAGUUCAGCAAAGAAUCCAAAUAUAA